UAACCGUUUUUGUGCUUUUUUGGUUAACUUAUUAUUAUAAAUAAAAAUAUAGUUUUUCAUAUGAUAAUUUUGUAAUUAUUCCAUAAAAUGGUUAACCAAAUAGAUGCCCGUGAAGUGUUGUAUUAUUUAAAUGAGUUAGGCUACAAGAAUAUUUCUCAGGUGCAAUUGAAGGAAUUCAUGAAAGAUUUAAAGAAAUUAAUUAAGUAUGACCAACGACAACAUCAGAGAACCGAAAAAGGAGAGACUAAUGCCCAGGAUUCUUUAUCAGCCUCACCUUGUAAAGCGAAAGCGAAAUCUAAACACCAACCAAACCCAACAACAAAAUGUAUAACAGUGGAAAUUAAAAGGCCAAAAUAUCGAACAGAUAGUGCAGUUCCUAUUUCAAUUUGCAGUGUGAGGCCAGACAAAACUAGUGACCAAGCAAGUAGUCCUAUGAAAGUAUGUGAUUAUGCCAGCAAUAAUAAAGCAAGCAGAAGGUGCUCAUUAUUUACUGGUAAUUUAGAAACGGUGUAUCAACGAUCGUCUGCAUUGUCAGCAGAUUCUUCUAAUAAUGACUGCCUAGAUUUAAACUUGAGAGGCAAAGAAAUGUCUGGAGUUGUUAAAGUAACACAUCGUAACAAGAACUUUCAAGGCAGUGAAAGCUCUAUAGGGCAGUCCAAUAUUUUUACAAGUGAAGUUAAAUCUUGUUAUUCACAAGGUACCGGCAGGACUAGAAGCAGGACCAUAGGUAGCUCUAGGAGUGAUUUGAAACCAAAAUCAUCAUUUAUAAGACCUAGAGUUACUGUAAAACCUGCUAGAAGUGACCCUGUGGCAAGGUAUCAAUUUUAUCAGCAAGAGUGGUCCAAAUGUAAGUUACCAGGGGAAGAUAAUCACCUACGACUUCGAUGGGCCAUUAGGGAGAAAUUAUUAGGGGGACCUUCAGUUGAAACAUUACUAGGAACUACUCCCAGUAGUUGCAGAUCAAAAAGCAGAUGAUUUGUAGUGACUUUGUCUUUUAAUAAAGUUGUACUACUAAAAGGAACAAUUUAGGACGAUAUACGUCAGGUAUGGAACAUUUAAUUGAAUAAUGAACUAUGUUUGAGACAAAAAGAUAGAAUGAAGAGAAAAAAGAUGAUUUUGUAAUUAGAUAUUUAUUUUAUUCUAAUAAAACGAUUAAUUCUA